GUACACUGAAAAAAAGGAAAUACUGGGUCUUUGAAUUUACAAAAUUGACUUAGUAAAAAGCAACACAAUUUAUUUAAAUUCCGUUUGUGAACGUGGUUUAAUCAAGUAGACUUAAGUUGUUUAUACAGCAUGUGGAACUAACUGGUUUCUUUCAAGUUGAAUCAUAUUGAUCAAAUUAAAAAAACAAACGUAUUGUCAUCGAGUUUAGUCUCUGCUGAUUUGAAUGUCGCCAGCAAUUGUCAUUAAUCCCUCCGGAACAGAAGGGGGCGCUUCCACGCCGGUUACGUGCCAGGAAAAAAACAAGAAGUAGAACCCUCAAGCGGGAAAGGCCGUUGGAAAAUGUCCAUGCUUUACAGCAAGAGGUCAUGACCUAAUAUCUGUAGCUAAAGGACUAGGUCCAGGGAUGUGGAGUUGUAAGGCGUGUCCAGAAACUGUACCAAGUAGGCCCAAGCUUUUACAUCACUACAAGUUAAAGCAUCCACAUUUUGGACGUAGUUCUCGCUAUCCAUGUACAUACCAGCACUGUCCAUGCACAUUUAAGACUUGGAAUGCCCUUAUUGUCCACCAAAGUAAAAUCCACACCACAGGUGUUCCUCACAAAAAAGAAGCUAUAUUCAAUUGUCACAUUUGUAGCUGUAGUGAUUUAGCAUCAGACAAGGAUUAUUUUUCUCAUAUAAAUGCACAUCUCAAACGAAAUGAGACAGUCACUUGUAUGUUUUUAGGUUGUGACUUUAAGACAAACAUUUAUUGUACUUUUAAAUCACACAAAAACCGAAAACACCGCCAUCACACAUUGGUUGAUUUUAAACCAGAAAUAGUUCUAACUACAAGGAUAUCAUCUGUGAAUGAACUGGAAGAAAAUAGUGAGGAGUGUGUUGAGCUGCCAGAUACUGCCAUUCCUUCAAACACUCAUUCUCAUACUGAAGACUUGCAGAUGGUCAUUGAGCAUAGAUUUGCAGCCGCUUUGCUGAAGUUAGAACAUUUGGUCCAUGUGCCAACUUCAGCUGUAGAUGAAUUUCUCGGGGAACUCCAUCAUUUAAUCUGUUCUGCCCCUUUGCCAUUAUCUUGUGACACUGUGCGUGACAUCUUUCUUCAGAGAAACCUGUCUGUUGAUGAACUUGUAAUUAGAGAAACGGUUGAUGCAAUUUGUUCUGGCAAUCCAGUGCAAAGGUCCAUACAAGAAGGAGGAUCUCUAAGUACAGCCUAUCUGCGUAAGCAGUAUUACAAGGAUAACUUUGGGGUUAUAGAACCAGUUGAAUACAUUCUUGAUGCUAAAAACAAACGCAGUUACCAGUAUGUCCCAAUAUUGAAGUCCUUACAGCAGCUGUUAAAUAGAGAGGAUAUCAUUACAAAGGUGGUUGACGGUCAUCAAAGACAGGAAGGCACAUAUUCUGGUGUGACACAUCAGUACAGAUCCACAAGGGACGGCUCUCUAUUUAAGGAAAAUUGUUUCUUUGCUGGAGAAAAGCCAAGGAUUAUCCUAAAUUUUUAUGUUGAUGACUUUGAAACCUGUAACCCACUUGGCACCUCACGAAAGAAGCAUAAGCUUUGUGCUGUUUAUUGGGUAUUGGCUAACUUACCUCCAGGGUCUCAUUCUGCAUUGUCAUCCAUCUACUUGUCAGUAUUGUGCAAAACCGAUGAUGUGAACACCUACGGUUAUGAUAAAAUUUUUGAACCUCUUUUACAGGAUCUAAAAACUCUUGAGGAGCUUGGUGUUUAUGUCCCACUGUUAGGUGAGUCACUUAAAGGUACUGUAUUCAGUGUAGUGGCUGACAACCUGGGAGCUCACAGUGUUGCAGGAUUUUUGCAGAGUUUUUCAGGGGAAUACUAUUGCAGAUUUUGCACAGGAAGUAGCAGUGAUAUUCAAAGACAUUCAGUAGCAUCUGGUGCUUUUAGUCUGAGAACCAAGGAGCUACAUCAGACCCAUGUCAGACAAGUCAAAGAUACAGGUACAAGUUGUUUUGGAGUGAAAAGGGAAUGUGUCUUCACACAAAAUCUGUCUCAUUUUCAUGUCAUCUUUGGUUAUCCUCCUGAUCUUGCCCAUGAUGUGUUUGAGGGUAUAAUCCCAGUUGAACUUGCUCGUUGUCUGACAGUGCUCAUUUCAAAAAAGUACUUCACAUUAGCUGAGUUGAACAUUGCCAUUUUGAAGUUUCCGUACAAAUGGGCUGACAGGACAAACAAACCUCAUGUUGUGUCACAGAGUUUCUCCAGCAGAAAAACAGUGGGCGGAAAUGCUCAUGAAAACUGGAGUUUGCUCAGGUUUUUGCCUUUUUUGGUGGGAUCAUGUGUACCCGAGGAUGAGCCUGCAUGGCUCAUCCUCAUGGAUCUGAAGGACAUCACUGAGCUUGUUGUUGCCCCCGUACACAGUGAUGAUUCACUAGCUUUUUUAGAAAGCAAAAUCCUGGAGCACAGGCAGCGGUACCAAAUAUUGUUCCCAGACAUCAAGCUCAUCCCAAAACACCAUUAUUUGGAACACUACCCCCAAAUAAUUAGGCUGUUUGGUCCAGUUGUUGGACAGUGGACGAUGCGCUUUGAGGCUAAGCACAGCUUUUUUAAGCAGGUCAUCAGGCAUACAAGGUGUUUUAAAAACAUUCCUCUUUCCUUAGCCUCAAAGCAUCAACUGAUGAUCGCAUAUCAUUUGAGUUCUCCAUGUCUGAAGUCAGACCUCGAGGUUUCAGCUGUAUCCACUCUAUCAGUAGAUUUGCUCAGAGAGGAAAUAGCACAGACCAUCAGACAGAAGUUCCCAGACACACCUGAAGUUCAGCUUGCACAGAGUGUGACAACCAGGGGCAUUACAUACAGGAAGGGUAUGAUACUGGCCCACAGAGCAACAGGUGGACUGCCUGAUUUCAGUGAAAUUGAACAGAUCUGCAUUUUACACAACAGUGUAUUUUACAUCGUCAUUGAGCUCUGUGGUUGGUACAGACAGCAUUACAGAGCCUUUGAACUCAGUCCAUCACCCACAAGAUCAUUCACACUCGUGGCACCCAGUGAACUCCUUGAUAUCUAUCCACUUGUUGACUACAAGAUUGGAUCAGCUCGCAUGGUGACUUUGAAAAGACAUAUUGAAAUAAAAGAGUAAAGGACUUGACCAUGCCUGUGAUUGUGAAGAUCUUACUGACUGAUGGCAGCUGUCAGAGGCUGAGUCUUGCACAUGGAGUCCCUGAAUCUCUUGAAGACCUUAUGGCUGAAGUCAAAAAACAAUGCAGCCUUCAGGGAAACAUCAGACUUCAGUUUAUGGACUCAUUGUUUGGGAAUGAGUUCAUGAACUUAACUUCUGUUUCAGAGGUGGAGGACAGAGGGACUCUACGAGUAAUUGAUUUGUCAAUGCCCACAAUGCAACAGGAGAGCUCUCCAUUCCAACACCUCCAAGAAUCAAGUCCUUCCUCAGCAAAUGACCUCUCAUCACCAUUAGGUCAACCUGUGGAUACAGAUAUACUGUCCUCAAAUGAGUCUACAAGCUCACGGUCCUCCUGGCCAGAUGUGUUUCAUGUACCCAAGUUCUCCUAUGACGCAGAAUUAAAACUUCAGCAGGCAGGUUUAGUUUACAUUCAAAAUGGCACUGUACUCAUUCCAGAUCCCAAGUUGAAGUCAGCCAUCCUUGAUGGGUUAGUGCAGGAAAUUGUGCAGUAUAAAGUCUAUGUUAGUGAUAAGGAGAUGGAACAAGUAGCCCAGAGUCUCAUCAAGAAACAUCCAUGUCUAACUCAGAAGGGGUCCAGUACUGGAUAUGGAGGAUGGAAGAUGAGUUUAAAAUAUAAACUAUCUAACUACCGCACACAACUGAGAAAACUGGGAUGCCCAGAAGUGACAGUGAACUCUUUAAAAAACAAACCUGCGGGAAAGCGCAGCGCAGCCUUUGGCAUCAAAAAGGCAAAAAGAGCAGAAGUUAAUUUUUGCCCAACAUACCCAUCAGCAGAAACUGAGGAGAGUCUAGAAGCCAUGCGAAAAGCUUUACUCUUGGAUGUUGGGAAGAGGAACAACCGAGAGGCUGUGAAGCUCAAGAUGGAAAAAACUUUCGCAUAUAGAAGACAUGAGAUUGUUCGUGACGCACCGAUGGUGGAAGAUUUUAGGUUGAGAUGGCCUGCUUUGUUUGAAGUCAGUGAGAUCAACGCUGAAUUCAAGAGAAUCACCACUGUUCCGCUUCAGUCCAAGUUCCUGUCUCAGCUAGACCUCCACUCCGACAAUCUGAUAAGGCUGUUCCAAAGGAGAGGAGGACAGCUAGGGGAAAAGCUCAAAAGAGUCGCUGCACAAAUCGCUGUUUGUGAUGAUAUAGAUGCUGGACGAGAGUGUAUCAUCAAAGGAGUCUGUGUUUACAUGGGCGAAGAUCCAGAUAACCUUCUACGGGAAUAUGUGAGCCUUGAUGACAACACCAUCAACGAGGCCAUCGCAGACACCACUGUUGGGAUCUACAUCAUCAAAGAAUGUGCUUCCAGUGGUAACAUUGAGGACAUUGGCAUUGUUCUGGAAGGCAUCAAGGUGUUGAAAUAUCUUGAUAAUGUAGCAUUAGCUGUUGCUAUGUUGUUUGGGCUGAUGUAUGUGCUCAACCUGAACUACCCUGCUGACCUCCGCUACACCUUUGAAGUUAUCCAAAAGAUUUGGAUGGAACUAGAUGCAAGCAAGCUUUCCAACAAAGCACUUGCUUUGAAAAACAGGCUCUCUGAGUGAACUGGACUAAAUGAUGACUGCACUCUUUUCUUUUCUUUUUUUUUGCAAAUCUAUGUCAUCUAUCUGAUGCUGCAAUGGUGGAUAAUUUUAUGACAAGAUGGCCUGCUUUGUUUCAUCCUCCAACCAAAGACAGUGUUCACAGGAUUAUAACCAGGUUACUUUUUUUGAAAACUAGCUCUUGCCAGUUUGUGGCACAUUUAGUUAAUGGGUUACAGUAAAAAAAAAAACUUUUAUUACUGUUGUUGAUAUUUUACAUUUGCUCUUAAUGAUGCUUUUAACAGUUCACAAUAUGUUUGAAUCUACCACUACUGUAAGUGACUGAAGUGUGUCCAACAGAGCACUUUUUUUGGCAAAUCUGUCAUCUAUCUGAUGCUGUUCACAAGACUGUGAACGUCAGGCAUGGUGGAUGAUUUUAGGGCAAGAUGGCCUGCUUUGUAUCCUACAACCUAAGAUGGUGUUCACAGGGAUAUAACCAUUGUUUUGUUUUUUUUUUUAACACUAGAUCUUACUUGCUAGUUUGUGGCAUAUUUGGUUACUGGGUUACAGUAAAAAUUUUAUUGUAACUGUAUGCCUGGUAUUUUAUUUUUGCUCUUAAUGAUGCACUGCACAGUUUACAAUAUUUUGUAAGUUGUACUACUGUAGUUUUGAAUACACUGAUAUUCUAAUGGUUACAGCUUUGUAUUUCUAUGCUGAAAUUACUGUAUGGCAACUGCACUUAAGUCCCUUUGUUUGUGAUUUGCAAAGAACAGUAAAUUUUGUUUUUUAAAAGCAAA